CAAUUAAAAAUAAAACAAGAAAACUCAAAAAAAAAACAUCUAUGACAUGAAGUUAGCCGAUAUUUGUAGUAUCUAGGAUUUCCUCUGAUGACUUGUGAAACUUCGAAUAUUGCCCAUUUUCGUAAAUUUUGUAAAAAUAAUGCCGUCAAAAACGGGACUGAGUUUUAUUCUGAAGACGUGAGGUGUUUAAAAUUUCGUUACGGAAUAUUUUUAACAUAUACCACCUACAUAAACGGAGCAAAAACAGUUCUUCUAACGGAAAUCGGUUAAUUAUUUUAACGACAACAAUUUAUGCCACCAAGACAAUUUUCCGAUUCAGGUAAUCCACAUUAUUUCACACAAACCCAUCUGCCUGAAACUACGUCGUUGGAGUGAUAUUCCUAGGAAAACUUUCAGUGAACAAAAUGUUUGCUUAUUACAACAUUAUGGUUUUCGGUGUAUUUUGCGUUGGUGCGAAUUCCGAUUGGGUGGAAAUACCACAAAUGCAAGAAACAAUGGAGAAAAAGACCACUAGCAUAACAAGACAGUAUGCAUUUCCCAGAAAUGAGUACGUUUAUCAGCAACCUCCCAAAAUUAACGAUAGAUUUCCGCACACACCAAAUCCACCAACCUCCACUACUGCACCACCGAAGGAAAUGAGCAGUAAAACAACCAAAUCAACAUUAACCCUAGAAAGCAAUCAAAAACCUGCUACCUAUCCGAAAGAUAACCCCUUAAUUCAAAAAAGGAUGGACAAUGCAGAAGAAAUAAAUUCAGAAAAAUUGGUGGGUACUACUGAAGCAUUUCCAGAGGAAACAGUUGAGAACGUUGAUGGCUCUGAUGACCCAAUGAGGGGAGCCGCAAGUUUCAUUCCAUUUCUGAGAUCGGUGCAAGAUGAAAUCAUCGUCAAAGGUCAUAAAAAUCUCAAGGGAAAGAUAGAUAUGUUGAAGAAUUUGAGGAAUGAUUUACUUCUCAAUAUAGAUGAAAGAAUAAGCAAAUUGUGGGGAGGGGAAAGAGAAUAUUCGAAUGAAGCCAGGGAACACAAGGAGGAAGAUUAUGAUAUGCAUUUUCCAUCCAAUGAAGGGGCCUUGAUGACUAUUGGGUUUCUCACCUUUGCUGUUUUUCUCAUCAAGUUGGUACUGAAAUUAGUUCAAACCCUGAAGUACAAGCAUAGUAUGGUGAUGGUGACACCAACUAUGAUGACUACGAAUGCAGCUUUGAUUGGCAGAAGGAAAAGGGAUGUUGUUUUUGAUGAACACAAAAGAAUACUCAAGCUGAUAGAGGAAAAUAGAUUCACUUGAAUAAAGUAACUUGAAACUCUGAAA